AAAAUCCGUGACGAAGUUUCUUGAAACACAGACCUAACGCCCUGUACACAUUAGUUGUCAUUUGACGUUUAAAAAUGCUCGAAAUUCAGUGGUGAAACGUUUAAAAAUGUUCGAAAUUCAGUGGCCAUAUGUAACAAAAUUAAAAUCAGUAGUAUACAGCCUAAAAAAGGAAGUGCAACAAACUGAAAAGUAUGCGACUCUACUUGAUAAGUUAAAAGACCAUGCCAUCGUGACUUUGGAAAAUAAGAAGCUGAAUUUUAGGAAAAAUAUUACAAUUCCGAAAAUUUUCUAUGGAGCUCAAUACGAAGACAAGAGAUACAUACCAGUUACAAUUAUUGAUAAAAUAAUUUAUAUAAUAGACAAAGACAUCAGCUCCAUCCAGAACAAAUAUGACUUGAUCAUAAGCGACCUUCGCGAAAUGAAGGAGAACAUUCAGGAGCGAAUAAGGAUCGUGGAAAAAACGGAACUAAUCAUGAAUCUGCUACAGUACAGGAUGUACGAGAUCCGUUACGAUUUCACGAUGAAAUUCAAUCAAUUAACUCAACAGAGAAACGAACUCAAGACCGGAAUGAUGUUGAAGGAAACAGAGUCGCAGGCUGCUUUCAAAAUCAUAGAAACAGAAAAAGAGAUUGCAGAGUGUCAAAAUACGUACGAUGCGCAGCAUAGAUGUGUCAAGGAACAGAUGCUGGAAGCGCAAGCUCGUUACGAAAAGUCAGUAAACAUACUCGACAAUGGUUUGGAAGUGAUGAAAAAGAAUUUUUCGAAUUUACUAUUACUACUGGAAGCAGAAAAGGCUAUAAUGGAAGAAAAACAGUUUAGUUUGGAAGAUGUCAAGAAUUUUAUAGCAAUGGAAAAUGUUGAGGCAGUUAUGGAGAGAUUUACGGAAAUGCAAACGGAAGGAUGGAAGACUCGUGCCGUAGAUAACGUUUCAGACUUACCUGCUACUAAAGGUUUGAAGAUUACUUCCACUGGUUUAUUAGUCACGGAAUCCGGUCGCCAGGUCACGUAUCAAGAAGCACGAGAGCAGAAAUUGUUAGACAACAUCAAGAUAUUUGAUUUUGUCUACGAACAGGAUAAAAAAUCAUCUAAUGAUCUUAUGUCUGUAAAGUCAGCAGACGAAUCAAAAAGUUCAGGAGACAGCAGCCGAAUGACCUCAGAAGACGUAAACUACCUGAAAGAGAAUCUGGGCAUACCUUUAACGUUAGCUCUGGCCGAGAUUACAACUGUUCAACCAAAGGAUCCGAUACACUAUCUAGGUCAUUGGCUGUUCAAAUACCGGUAUAACCAGGAGAUGUCCGAUAUACAAACGAUCGAGAUCAAUCAGCUAUGUGAAGAGAGAGACCGAAUAGCUAGAGAAAGAUGGCACAAAUUCAUAGAGGAAGAGGCUCGAACUGCUGUUAUAGACAUGAUCCUCAGAGCUGAGGAGCAAGCAACGCGCAACGAAUGGAUAAGAAUCCAGAGAGAAUUAGAAGAGGAGGAAGAACAUGAAGAGCGGUUAGCAGAUGGAGCAACAGACGUCUUCGUAUGAUUGCUCGUCAAUGGAGUAUUUUUUAAUUACAGUGGUUUUCAACCCCCCCCCCCACUUAUUUUUGAACGAUUUCAGGAAUCAAGUUAGCUAUAAUAGCUGAAAUUCACGUUGAUAGAAUUAUUGCAUAUAUACUUUUUUAGCCUAAAAGUGGCGGUUGAAAAUUUCAAUAGGGCGGAUGGUCGACAUCUUGAAACGUUUUUUAAAUAGAAUGGGAGCCAUGAGAUCUAUCUUUUUUUGAAGUUAUUUACAAACCUAGAAUAUAAAACCAUAGCUAAGAUAACAAACAGCUAUCAAACUUUUCUGUCAAAACGGCCGCCUUUUCGGCGGAGAAAGUCCAAUGUAAAUUGCCCCAGUAGAUGAAAGUCGGUGUUGCCACGUACCUCAACCGAACCUAAAACACUUUCUCUUCAGCUAGGAUACUUCAACAUACACAGCGAGUUUUUAAUGUGUAAGCGAUCGAUCAUUCCUAUAUUUUAAAAACCUAUAAAAGCUAAUUAUACAAAUUGUAGGCAACUGUUCGCUCCACAAAUAGCACAACUAUACAGUGUG